GUCUCCAACACAAAACAUUCGCUGUCAUUACAGCCCAACGCGCACAUAUCAAUGCCUUUGCUUAUUUUAAAAGCAAGUGCCGUGGCGUGCACUCGCGUGUGUAUCUUGAAUAAUUUUGCCGCCAAUUGCACCGCAUAGUCGAAUAUUAUCGCGUGCUGUGCUUGGAAUAUGAAUAAGUGCUGCCAAACGAAGCAUAUAAAUAACACGACCAUGUCUGGAUAGAACGUGCAAAUUGUUGUAAUUGUUAUGUAUCCAAAUUUGGGGGCAAUAGUUUCAAGUGUGGUUCGUUAAAGGUAGAGUUAAUUUGUGUGCCAGUAAUGCCAGGACACGCGAGUAGCCCAUACUGGGCGGCUGUUGACUUCGACAGUGAAGGGGAUGAAGAUAGGAGUCCACAGCCUACCAGUCGAGUGUACCUUGAUCCGUGGGAUAACGAAGCCUUUGGUAUGAUACAAGGAGAUUCUCCAGAUUCCAGUCAAGAACAAAAUAUGAAUUCCUUCGCUGGGGAACCAGUUAGUGCAAGUUUCUACUAUGUCCCAACAAAAACUUAUGAUUCUGGAGAGGAACCAAAACCUAAAAGAGCCGUUUUCCCCGAGGAUGUAGUUACACCUGAUUAUACGAUUUACAGCAGGAGAACAUCCAGAGCUAUAAUGCCUGACUACCACGAUAUGCCAAUCUACGGUUACAGACAGGAAAGAAGAAGAUCAAUGUACACCGAAGAACCAGUAUAUGCACCACAUCCUAUGGUGUAUGAAAGCCUUUAUGCACCUGUGCCAAUGCAGCAACCAUACAUGCAACCAAGACCACGCAUAUCUCUCCAGCAUCAACCCGACCAUUUGAUAGCGAAUAACGGCCAUGGGAAACAGAGAUGGCAUUCACGGUUGACUGAAGCGUACGAGCAAUAUGCGUACGAAUCUCUGCCUCCCGAAUAUGAAGACUGGGCCCGACCGAUGCCGAAGACGGUUCCUGACAAUUUUCACCUCUCUAGAUACGGUCAUCUUGAAAUUGACUAUUCGUGCAGUUGGAACUCUCUCGACCGAAUCAUUCGGAAUCAGUAAAUAUGUAAUAGAAAGGAUGAUGAAAGAAACGAAUGGUCUCUAAUGUUAUUCAUACGACGUCUUAGUCUUUUAAUAAUGUACUUAUUUUUCUAAAUAUAAGAUAAAACGAAAGUCUAAAGAUCGACACAUACGAUGAAGAUCCACGAUUCAAAUAUCUCUCGCCAUAUAAUUAGAUGGAACAUCACACGUGGCGAAGAUAACAUAUAUAUAUUUUCAUCUUACAGUAUUGUAAAAUACUGAGCUAAAUGGAAAUUAUACGACAUACGAAAUAUAUUGUCGAUGCGAAUGCAUUAAAAUAUAAAUCAAGAAACAAACUAUUCGUAUAUUUUCGUAUCUUACCGUGUGGGGUAACUUAAGACACUAUAAUAUUUUAUCUUAAGAUAUCGUAACAUAAAAUAUUAUAAACUAAGCCUAACUUGAUCAUGUGUGUCGCGCUUUAGUUUAGCAGCGUUUGUUCAAUAUUCUAUUGUAAUAAAAUGUUUUUUUUUUCCUUUUAGCAAUUUUUGAGGCUUAAGAUAUUUUCAAUCGUACCAUCAAAUUAAGUUUUGAUCCAUUGUUAAUAUAAAA